GGGUCGUUUAUUUAAAGGAGAACUUCUCUCCAUGUUCACCGGAAAGCAUGUGAUAAAGAAUGACAGCUGUUGUGAAGCAAUACAAUAAUGUCUUUAGUUCUUCAGAAAAGGAAACUGUAGAAAUUGUUGAACCUCAUUACAUUAAUAGGGAUUGCAAAGAUGUUAUAGAUCAGGCCAAAGUUCACUUGAUGCUGCGGGAGUUUUCUGAAUGCCUUACGACCUGUCUUGAAGGACUUGAUAAAUGCAAACGGCUUUCCCACGAAGGAAUUUGUUAUGAAAGUUUUGUAAUUUUGGCAGUACAAGCAUAUGGUGAACAGAAUAAAUGGAAAGAAGUUCUUCCUUUCAUUGAUAAAAUCUAUGGAAACAUCAGUCAGUGUCCGCCCACGGUGAUAAAACUUUGGUAAGUCCAAAGCCGAUUU